GUGUUAGUCAGAGUUGUGACAGGAGAGAAUGUGCACGGGUAAGCUGAGGCCGCUGUGAGCGAGCUCGCAAAAAUUAUAUAUUCGCCAGUCUUACGCGGUGCACUCGAACGGGCGGGUAGUUCGAAAUCGGAUCGGAUCGGUGAGGCGAAAAUCGAAACGCGGAAAUCGAAUCGAAGCGCGAGGAAAAAAAAAUCGUCGCGCCCCCCCCCCCCCCCCCCCCCUCCGGAAUUUUGGCGAACGACGAAAUCGCACGCGGAAAUGCCAGGCGGCGAGCAAGUUUGAGGAAUUUUGAAAAUUUUGAAAAAUCGCGAGUGAAGUUUUGUGCCGCGUAGUUCGGGGCGUCGAACGAAAAAAAAAAAUCGGCGGAGAAGAAAAAGGAGGAGGAGGAGGAGCAGAAUAGAGAUAUCAAAAGAAGAAAAGAAAAAGAAAAAGAAACAAAAUCAAACAAACAAAAAAAUCGAUGACGGAAAACUUUGAAUAUUUACCAAACAUGGAUGACCGAGUGAGUUUGUUGUCUCAAGUUAUAAUGAACGGUGCGAAUCACAGCAUGAUCGUCAGCAGCGAAGAUUCCAGGUUUCCACAGCCGUUGAGAAUUUUCGCCGCGACAACCGCAAUUCUUAUAAUGAUAACCGGUCUGGUUGGUAAUUUUUUAACCAUAAUAGCACUCUGCAAAUAUCCAAAAGUCAGAAACGUCGCCGCAGCGUUCAUAGUGAGUCUUUGCGUAGCGGAUUUCAUAUUCUGCCUGUUCGUUCUACCCUUCGACUCGAUAAGAUUCAUCAACGCCAGCUGGGCUGACGUGAAAUUUCUCUGUCACCUGGUGCCAUUUUUGAGAUAUGGAAACGUCGGUGUCAGUUUACUAUCCGUAGCCGCCAUCACGGUGAACAGGUACAUAAUGAUCGCGCAUCACGGACUGUACGCCAAAGUUUACAAAAAACAUUGGAUAGCCUCGAUGAUAUUGGUGUGCUGGUGUUUUUCGUACGGUAUGCAGGUACCGACGCUUCUGGGUGCUUGGGGUAAAUUCGACUACGACGUGAAUCUCGAGACUUGUUCGAUCGUGAAGGACGCCCACGGUCACAGCUCGAAGGCCUUUUUAUUCGUGAUGGGAUUUUUGAUCCCUUGCAUCAUGAUCGUCGGAUGCUACGCCAUAAUAUUUUGGGUGGUCCACAGUUCCGAAUCGCGGAUGAGAAAGCACGCGGCGCCCCCGACUAUAAAGUCGCCCCACUCGCCGCGCAAGGACACUAAGGAGAUAAAGCAGCGCAGAAGCGAAUGGCGGAUAACAAAAAUGGUAUUGGCGAUAUUCCUGAGUUUCGUCGUCUGCUACUUGCCGAUAACGAUCGUGAAGGUAGCCGACUCAACGGUGGAUCAUCCGACGCUGCACGUCGUGGGUUACCUUUUGCUGUACUUCGCGUCCUGCGUGAACCCCAUCAUUUACGUAAUUAUGAACAAGCAGUACAGACAGGCUUACGCCGGAGUGAUUUGCUGCUCACGCAUAAGGGCGUCUCUCACACCGCACGGCAGCAGCGCGCCAGCUCAAAAUAAUUUGCAACAAGAUCACUCGAGAGAUAGCUACAGCAGAACAAUGGUGUCCACCGUAUCUGUAGCGAUGAAUCCGAUGAGCAAUCCUACCACGAGAAAUUUGGGAAACAAUGAAAUGAUUAUAUGAAAAUUUCGUUUUCUCGUUUCCGAAUGUAAUGGACGCCCCCCCCACCCCCGAAUCCCUCGCAACGCGAAAAGGGGACUCGGUGGAAGGGAAUAGAACGAACCAAAUGUCAUCUGGAAGAUAUUUCUUACCAGAUCCUAUAACAGACUGCUGUACAGUAUAUUUAAAAAAAAAAAAAAAAAACGACAAAAAACGAGGUAAACAAAAAAUACAAACUGAAAAGCAAUCACGUUGGUAUAUAUAUAUAUAUAUAUAUAUAUAUAUAUAUACGUAUACUAUACAUCAUUCACGGAUAUAUAAUUUUGAAUGGUGCGCUAUUUUAUAUUUUUGUUAAUUAAAUUUUAUUUUUUCCAUUUUUUUUUUUUUGUUUUUUUUUUUCUCUUCUUAAUUUAUUUCUCCAUUCGUCGCGUUAAAUAUUUGAACUAAAUUUCACGCACUCACAUCACGUGAUCUAAUAAACCGAUCAUUACCGUUUGCAUGAUUAUAAUUUAUUUUUUUAGGUUUUUUUUUUUUUUUUUAUUGAAGAUUAUUCUCAAUUAAAUAUGACAAUAAUUUUAUUCUACUUACGUUAUAAUUGUUAUUCGGAAAACGAGCAUAAUUACGAUAUUAGUCACGUAUAUAAUAAUUAAGUUGUUAUACGAAAGAAUAAAAUUAAUAUUUAAGAAUAAUUAAUAAUAAUGUUAAAAAAAAAAAAAAAAAAAACAGAACAAAGAAAUCCAAAUAGUUAGGUAAUUUUUAAGUAAAUAUAUAUAUCAAAGGUUAACGUUAUUGUAUUACGAGCAAAAAAAGACAAUUUAAUGUAAAUAUAGUAUAGGUAUAUAUAUAAAGAAAUUUUGUUCGAAAAAAACGACAUGCAAAAAAAGGACAAAACUAGAGGUUAAAAAAGUUAAAAGAAAUGAAAAAAAAAGAAAAACAAUGUACAAUCAUUAUCUCAUAAAAAAGAAAAUAUAUAUAAACGUAUAUUUAAUCAGAGUAAUUCGUUUGUCUAAUUAUGAAGUUAAAUUGACUAAAAAAAAAAAAGAAAAAAUUGACGAAUGAUUUCCACUGCAGCGCGCAUCAAGGUAAUUAAUUAUCGGAGUGAUAUUAUUAUUAUAUAUUUGGCGUCGAUCUAUUUUGGGUUUUAUUGUACGUAUGUUCGAAGUAUAGUUCAGUCCGCGGUGCUUCAUUUCCGCAAAAACUUUGGAAACCGAUAUUUUCGGAAUCAAGCGGAAUGGUAAAAAAAAAAAAUAA